GUCAGAUCUCAAGAGGUGGAGUUGACACAGCCUGACUAGAAGUUAAGUGGUGGAAAGGGAAGUCAGUCAAACACAGAGUCCCGCUUUCUGAGAUUGGCGGGUAACCUAGCAACACACAGCGGAGACAGAAACUGUAGGCAGAGAAACUUGGAGUCUGUGGAGCAGGGUUGCUGAAGACAGCGAAAGCUGGAGGCCCAAGAGUCUAUCAUCUCACUGUCAGGGAGUACAAAGGCCAAGCCAAAUGCUCCCAAGAUGGUGUUGGACAUCCUCACCCUAGCUCCUUCCUGCCAGUGGCUAGCCAUCCAAAGAAUCCCACUGAAGACGGAGAUAGUGCCAGCUGAGCCACUGAAGCCUUUGAUCCCCUCCAAGUCCAAGCUCACCACCGUUGAGGCCAAGAGGAUUGUGUCUGUGCUGGAUAAUGCCAUCCAAAAGGUGGAGCUGGUGACCCUGUUGUCCUACCUAGAGUUACAGCCAGAGGCCCUGGAGGGAAUGUUGCCGGAGAACCUGGUGAGGGCCAUGAGAGAGCAUGUGGAUCUUGGGCAGGCCCUGUUGGAGGGUGCCAGUGUCCUGCAGGAAAAACAGAGGCAGCUGGAGGAGGAAGAGGACGCUGAGCAAGUCUGGUACCAGGACCAGCUCCUCUCCAUAGAACUGCAAAGCAUUAGCCUGCAGCCACUGGCACACCAGAUCCAAGACUCCACCAAGAACAUCCUGAGGCUCCUGCUCAGGGAACCCCAGGCCACCAGGCUGCUGCAGAUGCAGGCCCCAGGCAGAAGUGCAGGGGCCCAGCACCUCCUCCAUGGCCUGGUGGAACUGCGGGGCUUUCUUUUUGAAAAGCUUCUCACCAGCCCCAUGGAAGUGAGGGAGAGGGCCCAGUUCAUACAGGAAGUCAACCGGAGGAACAAAAGGAAUCAGGAAGUCAUCGAUGCUCUCCAGGCUGAGCUGGCAGAGGUGCUGAAGAGCAGGGAUGCAGAGGUGGAGAAGCAGACUUCCAUCAUCCAGGAAUUGAAGAACUACCUGCACCAGGUGUUCAAGUUCUCAGAGAGCAGCCUCCUCCGCAUGAAGCAGGAGGCUGAGAAGCAGCAGAAGGCAGACUACAGGGCCGCGCAGGCCAGGCUGGCCAAGACUCAGCAGGAGAUCCUCACACUGCGCUCACAGUACAACACCCUGGUCAUGGAGAACUGGGAGGCAGAGCAGGCCCUAAGGAAGAAAAAAUAUAAAGUGGAAACAGAAGUUGAGAACUGGAUCCAGAAAUAUGAUAUGGAGAUGUAUGAGAAGCAGGAUGAGUAUGAGGACCUGGAGGCAAUCCACAAGGAGGAGCAGCUGCAGCUGGAGGAGCUGAAGCAGAGGCAUGCGGUGCUGGUGGAGGACUUCACCCAGAUCCGUGCUGAGAAGGAGAUGAACUCCAAGAAGCGGGUGGAGGCUGAGCGUGAGAUGGUGCGCAUGGUUAGGGCUGCCACACUCAUCCAGGCGGUGUGGAAGGGCUACCUGGUCCGCUCCAUGCUCAGGUCCAGGAAGAAGAAGCGGGGCAGGGGAAAGGGCAAGGACAAAGACAAGGGCAAGGGCAAGGGCAAGAAGAAGUGAGCACCCCAGCCCUGCUGCCUCUCAGCUCUGCUCCCCCCAGUCCUGCUACCCACUUCCCCCAGCCCUGCUCCUCACAGCUCUGUUCCUCUCCAGCCCUGCCGUUCCUGGCCUUAAGGAUGACUAAAAUUAAAACCAUUUCAAACCACAUUCAAGGGCACACCCUUCA